UAUUUGUCCACCGGUGGUGUGAUCAUGUCGUCGCCAUCUAAGGUUUCAAAGUCACCCUACAGCCUUCAGAAGGCGCGUGAAGACGUACGGCGUCUUCUCGCGACUCAACGCAGAAUCGCUUUCGACGAGUUCGCCUUCGUUUUCCGCAUGGAGUACGGCUACGAUCUCAAGCCAGGCUGGUUCGGGUUAGGGAAUCUGCAGCAGAUCUUUGAAAGGAAGAUGAUCGACAUAGUCAAGAUUGGCGGCGCUACGCAUUGCGAUCGAUUUGUUGAGCUUCAAGGAGGUGCGGCUCCAGCCGGCAGUGCACGACAAAGUAGUAGGCCUAGUGAGAUGGCUAGCAGUAGGGGACGAAGGAAAGAAGAAUCUGGUCCGCCCGUAUCUACAGGCCACAUUGCUCCUAGGCCGAGCAGCAGCAGCAGAGGUCGAGGACCCGCCUACACUCGGUCGUUUAUUGUAGAGCAACCUGGACAGGCUCGUCCAUACAAUGUGACACCGCGUCCUCCCACUUUUUACACUCGACCUCCGUAUGGAGCGCGCAUGCACCAAGCGCGCUAUCCCGUGCCUGUUUUUGUGGCACCAACGGCGGCGCCAAAGUCCAGUCAGUCGACGACUGCAGACGCCGGUACCGGCAGAAGCAAGAGGUGGGACGCAUCGCGGCUCAUCAAGGAGCUCGAAACGAGAGCAAAGGACUUCGCUCGCGAGUGUGUAGCGAAAGGAAAACAUGUAGACUCGUCACGGAUUUGUCAGGCGAUUCUACGUGAACGAAACGUCGACAGUUUCAAGCGUUUGGGUUUGAGAGGUCAUCACGAGAUCCCGUAUAUUAAAGAGCUAGAACUCCUACAGCGCAGGGUGUACGAAACUGUCACUGCGUACUGUCAGGUGCGGUCAACGUCAACUUUGUAUGAACUUGGGCUCUAUCUCGCUCAGGUGGAAGGAAAGGAGAGCUUCAAUGAACUGUGUUUGGGACCGCUACUGGAACAACCAGCGGUGUAUCAAUACUUUAAACCUCGUCAAACGUUGAGAGGUGUGCCGGAUAUAACGACGAAAGAUGUUUUGGAGUGUUUGAGAUCGUUUAUGAUUAAAUACGACAGAUGGUACAGGAGGAUUGAGAUAACGGAGUUUAUGUCAUUCAUGGCAAAAGAAAGAGGUUGUGGUGACCCCUACGAGUUGUGUGUACGAGUUCCUUCUCUCGGCUUACCAAUUUCGGAAAGCGCAGAAAAGCGAGAAACAGGAAUGGCGUCGUAUUCGGGACGAGAUAGCUCGAGAAACUACCGAGCAUAUAGAACACAAACUUCGGACGGCAGUCGAGCAUCUUCUUGGCACUGGAAAGCAACUGUCAGAGCGAGCUAG